UGUCGUGCGCGUGCCUGUCCAUCAUUUUGGCGCCAGGAGGGAGCGCGCGCCUCCUGCGCGUGCGUGACACGUGAGCUGGGAGGAGGGCGCUCGAGAGCUCCACCGCCGCGUACAGCCGGUGAAAUCCACGCACGCACUCACACACACGCGGGUCGAAUUGCCGAAACGCUGAAAGGGACGGCAGUCGUGGAGCGGAAUCGGUGGCGGACCGCUUGGGCCCCGAAUUGGAGCAUCUCUGUCCCCCGGGCUGCACCUCGUUCCCUCGCGCGCCUCUGCUCCAGAGGGAGGCCCCGAGCGGCGACGGGAUGUAGCACGGAUUAACGGCGGAGGAGAGCGGCGGGACGUGGAGUGAAGGACAUGGGGAAGGACCAGGAGCUUCUCCAGGCCGUCAAGACCGAGGACUUGCUGACAGUUCAGCGCCUCCUGCAGAGACCUCGGCCCGGGAAAGCCAAGCUCCUCGGAGCAGCCAAGAGGGUGAACGUCAACAUUCAGGAUGCAGAUGGGUUGUCGCCUCUGCAUCAUGCUGCUCUGAGUGGCAAUAAGGAGAUGAUCUCUCUGCUGCUGGAGGCUCAGGCAGCCGUGGACAUUAAAGACAAUAAAGGGAUGCGUCCUCUGCAUUACGCCGCCUGGCAAGGCAAGACUGAACCACUGAAAAUGCUGCUGAAGGCGGGCUCGUCCGUCAACGGACAGUCGGACGAAGGACAGAUCCCUCUGCACCUGUCUGCUCAGCACGGACACUAUGAUGGGUCGGAGAUGUUGCUGCAACACCAGUCCAACACGUGUAUCUCGGACACCGCGGGAAAAACGCCGCUGGACCUAGCCUGUGAAUUUGGACGCGUCGCAGUGGUUCAGCUCCUGCUCAGCAGCAACAUGUGCGCCGCCAUGCUGGAGCCCAAACCCUCCGACCCCAACGGGGUGUCGCCUCUUCAUCUCGCCGCCAAGAACGGACACAUGGACGUAAUACGGUUGCUGAUUCAGGCCGGCAUUGAUAUCAACAGACAGUCCGAGUCUGGUACAGCUCUGCAUCAGGCUGCCCUCUGUGGGAAGACAGAGGUAGUGCGCCUCCUGCUGGAAAGUGGGAUCAGUGCCGGAGUGAGGAACACUCUGAGUCAAACCGCACUGGACAUUGUGAACCAGUUCACCACCACUCAGGCCAGCCGUGAGAUCAAGCAACUCCUCAGAGAUGCUUCUGCUGCCAUGCAGGUGCGAGCGCUGAAGGAUUACUGCAACAACUACGACCUCACCAGCCUCAACAUCAAAUCGGGAGACAUUAUUACGGUUUUGGAGCAGCACUCGGACGGCCGUUGGAAAGGGUGCAUUCACGAUAACCGCACAGGAAAUGACCGCGUGGGCUACUUCCCGUCCAACAUGGUGGAAGUCAUCAAGAGGGCAGGCCUGUCCCCCUCCCAGCAGUGCCACACGCUGCUGCUGCGCAGGCCCAACCCCUGUCCCGUUGGCUCGCUCAACGGACACUCGUACCCCCCCUCCAAGGUCCUCCCUUUGCACCUGCCCUCCCCUCCUACCCCUCACCCCACCGGGCAAUCCCUCCCUCGCUUCUCCUCGUUCGGGUACGUGCCUCUUCCCAUCUCUCCGCCUUCUCUCUCCACUCCUCCUCCUCCGCCUCCUCCUCUGUCUACUCCUCUCUCCACUUCUCAGGAGCAGCAAAGUCAGACAGGUUCACGGACCACGGAGCUGAGUCCUCAGGGUUCUCCUACUUUGGGCCAGCAGAGCAGCACGAGUGAGGACAUCUGGGUCCUGCGCAAACCGCUGGCAGGGGGCGAACGCAGCGGCAGCGUGGGCAGCCUCGGAAGCGCCAGGUCGUCCAGCAGCCUGCAGGGCUUGGGGAACACGCACGUCUUGACCACGCCCGCACCCAGCCCUCAUCCGGCACCGACGCCGGGGGUCAACACGCAUGGCCUUAACGCUCCGGGCCUGCAUGCGCAAGCUGAGGGGGUCAAGCUCCUGGCCACCGUCCUGUCCCAGUCGGUAAAAGCCAAGGAGCAUCUCUUGGAGCAGUCGCAGUCCAUCGAGCAAUCAGCGAGUUCUUCAACUUCCAAUGUUCACGAGCAGCGGCCAUUCGAGCGCAAGACCGAGGAAGACGAUGGGAAAAAGCAGGCAGUGGUGGCAUGGCUGGGCGAGUUUCAGCUGCAGUUCUACACCACCCACUUCCUCACGGCGGGAUAUGAUCUAGACACCGUUAGCCGCAUGACCCCUGAGGACAUGACGGCCAUCGGGGUGAUGAAGCCAGGACAUCGGAAGAAGUUAAUGUCGGAGAUCAGCAAGUUGCCCUCGGCGGAUUGGCUGCCAGACCACAAGCCCGGCAAUUUGGCAGAUUUCCUUUCUCACUUGAGUCUCAGUCAGUACUACCAGGUCCUGGUGCAGAACGGUUAUGAAAACAUCGACUUCAUCUCCGACAUCAGCCUGGAGGAUCUUCAGGAGAUCGGUAUUUCCAAACUUGGCCACCAGAAGAAGCUGAUGUUAGGAGUGAGGAGACUGAAGGACUUACAGAGAGGAAACAUCAGUCCAGAGGCCCGACAGAGUCCGUCCACACCUCCAUCCAGCCCAGGCGGCGGCAGCGUCUCGGAGCCCCGCACAGAGGCGAGGAAACAGCGGGAGGGUGGUUCUAGCCCGUUAGCGAAACCACGCCCGAGUGUCUCUCAAAAUUCCCCCACGCAAACUCCGCCACAAACCCCCACGCACGCUCAAAACCAGCAGGCCUCUCCGAGGGCUCGCCCGCGACCUUCCACCCGGCAGGCGACGGCGGCGGAUUCGCCUGUGCCGACGCUCCGGCUACCCAGCGAGGAGGAGGAGCGACGGAGAACUCACAGUCUGAUUGGCCCCGAAACAGACUCGCGCUACGCCACCGUGUGCCGCAGCAGUUCCGCCCGCAGCCCCGCGGUCGCCAACGAUGUCACCGUUAACCGCAGCCAGUCGUCGGUCACACUCCGCCCUCGCCGGAAAGGUCGGCCGCCGACGCCGCCCAAGCGGUCCUGCUCUUCCAUCACCGGGCCUGACGGGGAGGGAGAAGGACCAGGGGAGGGGCUCCUCGGCCUGCCAACUUUUAGAGAGAGGCGAGCCAGCGACUGCGGCAGCCUGGGCUCGGCUUUAAGAGCUCAGGAGUCGGCGGGCCUGGAGAGGUCAGAGGGGGCUUCUGGGAGCGUGCGCAGCCUCGCCGCCAUGCUCGAGACGUCCAUUGUGAGCGGAGCCAAAACCCUGCCGAGGAAUCUGGGAAGCAGCCCCAACUACCUGCAGGUGAGCCCCCCGACACUCCGUCGCCAGACCGGCUCAGGCGGCCUUGGAUCAGAAGAUGAUGACGUCCUGAAUCGACGCAGGACCAUCAGUGGACCAGAAGGCAACGAGGAGGCCCCUCCGGUACCGGCUCAGCAACGUCCAGAACCGCGGCCCCGCUCAACUAUCAUCUCCUCCACCGCCGAAAUCUCAGACGGCUCGGCGACACUUCGGAGGAAACCUCGCCCUUCUCCGACGGACCCCGUAGCGCCCGUGUCUCCCACCGUCGUCACCAUGACAACCGGCUCCGACACAAUACGCAGGAGGCAUCGCGUGGCUGAGCAAUCAGAAGGCCAAAUAAGCAAUAAUCAAUCAGAUUCUUCGAAAAGUCCCAGCGACGGCUGCCAGCAGCAGAACGGUGGCGUGGUUCUGAGGCGGAGGCCCGUGUCGGAAGCAUCAGACGGGACGGAGAAGAGUUGUGAGUGGAUGGAAGCCAGGAAGUCCUUAAAGCCACCGGUCUCGCCCAAACCUUCCUCAGUGACGCUGAGAAAGACGCAAGCUGACCCUCCAACCCCGACCCGACGGGUCCCUAUACCCGGUCCUGAUAGCGCUGACACGACAAACAGUCCUGAGACAAAGCGUGUUCCCCCUCCUGUGUCGCCCAAACCUCGCGGCCCUCCAACAGCACCCAAACCAGGAAAAGCUGGCGUUGCCUCCACCGCCGUGAGCCCCGCGGCCACCAGCCCCGCGGCCGCCACCCCCUCGCCGACUCCCAAAACCUCCCCCAUUCCCGCUCCCGACACCCCCUCCGCCCCGUCCCUGUCACCGGGGCUCCCCCUUACGUCUCCCUCGCCCGCCCAGAGUCCCUCCACGCCGUCUCCUCACCCCGUCAAACCGCCACGCUCCUCCAUCGCUGGACUCUCCAUCGACUUGCUGGGAGUGCAGGAAGAGGAGGAGAGAAGGAAGGAGAGGGAGCAGAAGAAGCACAAAGAGGAAAAUGAGGAAGAGAAGGGGGCGCAACAUGGUUUGGAGGAGACCAGCGCGUCUUCAGCGGCAGCUUUACAGGCUGCCGAGCACAAAAUACAAGAAGACGAUGCACAAAAUGACAAAAAGACAACCGUGUCCAUAUUGGAUGACAUCGGCAGCAUGUUUGACGACUUGGCCGACCAACUGGACGCCAUGCUCGACUGAGCUCCCGGGUUUCGAGUCCUCCUGUCCGUCCUUCGCCGGGUAGCGUCGAGAAACCGCUGCGGAGGCUGCAAAAGAGUGUGUUUGCACCCGUGGGUCCAAGAAGGUGUUCUUCACUUGAUGGGUGAUGAUGCCCACCGAGCUCACACACACACACGCACACACACACACCUCACAGUACAUGGCCUAUGAUGCUCCGAGCUGACUGAGAAGCACAAUCGAUCUCAUCUCUUCAAACAAGAAGAAAAUAAAAGCACAUGGACUCGAAGGGGAAAGGAAGACAGACAGGAAGCAGACAGUUGAGGGUUAAAAAAAAAAAACCAUCAUGCAAAAUAGGCCGUGUGUGUACUUUUCUGCAGAGAAUGCAGUUGUCCUGCUUCUCUUAUGUGUGGAUGAAGGAGGGCGGUCCACUGAAGCUCCCAACUCGUGUAUGCGUGUGUGUAUCAUGUGUUUCUCCGUUGAUGUCGUUGUUGCUGUUGUCGUCGUCCAGUUCUGAGCGCGUGUCACCCUAUAACGAAAUGUCCUUUUUUCCCCCUGAUAAUUCACACUCUUUUUACGCCAGUGAUCGCAACUAUGGGUGUUCAGGAAUCCCAGGGCGGGCACCAAAAACACAAGAGGUGGAGGACUUGGACUCACUUGACUUGAUGUUGACUUGGUAUUAAUGAACUUGACUCUUACGGUAUAUAAAAUCUGUCAGUUAAAAACAGCAAAAAAAAAUGACUUUGCCUUUGCUCAGUAAGAUCAGACUUAAGACUUGACAUGUAUGACUUAAUCCCACCUCUGCAAAACCCAAAUAAACAUACAUUCACUUCCCUUUUUAAUCUUGCUGGUUGUUUUGGUGGUGUGUUUGCUCGAAAUUGAAAUAUUAUGCAACAACGCAUACAAGCACAAGGUGUAACCCUCUCGGCCUGCUAAAAUGUUUUGAAAAGAUAAUCGUCAAAACUUUAGAAGGUACAUCCAGCAUAGUUCAUGAUAGACAUCGGGGUGUUUGAGCUGCUAGAGCGCCCUCUGUUGUCGGUUAGUGAAACUGCCUCUGCCCCACCUUCAACCCGGUGUCAAUUAUUUAUUUACUCUGCAUCUCUCUGUGCCUUGGUAGCGUUCUUUCAUGCUUUCUUCUGAUGUCGUUGUAUGCCUACUUUUUCACUUUAAUGAAUCUCCCAGUGUAUCCAUGUUAGAAGAUGCUUAUAGGUUUAUGACCAUUGAGAAGCAUUUUUUGCAAGCCCUUCUUUAAGCUGUUAGAAGUCAUCUUUGCUCCUUCCCUCUAAACUCCCAAUUUCCACAGGAGAAGUCCCCCAAUAAAGAGCCCACCCGUAUUUUUAUGCCCUUCGGAAAAAGAUCCAAAUAUAUAUUUGAGAGACGGAUAUAUGCGAAUAAUGACAAUAUUGGUUAUGGAUCAGAGGCUAGCUGAUUAAAUCUGUACAUUUAUGGCUGAAUGUGUUGUGAAAGCUGUGCCACAGUCGGGUCUCAAGGUUUUGUUUUUCUGCUAUGGCGAUGCAUUCAUGUACAGAUGUGAACAGAAUAAAUGUAAGGAUUAAACGUG